CCACAGAGGUAGAGGCGGCUGGUGAGAGAGGAUAGACCAAAUACCAAAGUCCAGACCGAGACCAGGAACAAAGACUCAAGACUAAACCGGGAUCCAAAGACCAGGACUCCAGCUGGGCCUCAAGAGCCAGACUUAGACCAGAUUUUGGAGCUAAACCAGAGUCAAAGUCUGCACCAAGGACCAAUCCGGGACUAGACCAGGACCAAAGCAAACCUGCAUACGGAGCUGUUGCUGCUGUCCCCGAGCUUCCGUCGUUCUGUGAUGUGGAUGUGAAAACAACAAAGCACAAUGAGCGUGGAGCUGAACCCGCGGAGGUUCUCCGAGUCUCUGGUUCUGGAUGACUCGGACCAAGGAGUCAUCAUCACCGGGAUCACAGACGAUAGAGUGGCCCAAAGAACAGGACUACAAACAGGAGAUGAGAUUGUGGCAGCCACCAUUCACCUGGAUCACCUGAAGAAGGACGAGGUUCUGAGCAUCCUGAAGGUCCUAGAGCCGUACGACAACAACAUGAAGGUCCUGACCAAGAAGGAGCUCGGGGGCAGUGCCGGGCUCGGACUUGACGGGAAGCUGAAUUUGGACAAGUCUCUGGGGGCAUCGGCCGAAGGUCCCUCUGUGUCUGUGAACGGCCUGGACCUGAACGCCAACAGCGGACUGAGAGCCGGAGGAGGACUCGGAGGAGGACUCGGAGGAGGACUCGGAGGAGGACUCGGAGCUGGACUCGGAGGAGGGCUUAAGACACCAACCCUCAAUGGGGAAUUACCAGGUCUAAGUCUCUCUGGUCCAGACCUGAAUGGGGACCUGAGCUCUCCCAAAGCCUCCUUGGAUCUUGAUGCCCCUGGUGUGAAGACGGGCGGGUUAAACUUUAAAACUCCUAAGUUCUCCAUGCCCAACUUCAACCUGCCUCAGAUCAGUCCUCCAGACGCAGAUCUGGAUAUUUCAGGUGACAUUCCGAAUGUUAGUGCUGAUGUCAAAACACCAGAUUUGAAUUUAUCCGCUCCGGAUGUUGAUAUAAAAGCUCCAAACUUAGACCUAAAAGGGCCCAAGGUUAGUGCCAACGGCCCUGAUUUGAGCGCAGAAGCCCCUGAUCUGAACAUAGAUGCGCAUCAUGGUGGAAUCAAAUGGCCACAUCUGAAAAAAAAAGGCAAAGCUAAACUACCAGAUGCUAGCUUAGACUUAGACGCUCCGAAAGUCGAUGCUAAACUUGACGGCGAUUUGAACGCAGGUGGGGGGAUAAACUGGCCACAUUUGAAAUUGAAGAAGCCGAAAGGGCCCAAACUCGAUGUAGACGCGGACGCCGACUUGAAUGUGUCUGCUCCCAAAAUUAACGCAAAUCUGGAAGCACCAAAAGCUGAUUUAGAACUUCCUGACGCAGAGUUUAAAACUCCAGAUAUUGAUGGGCAUUCUGGGAUAAAGUGGCCACAUUUGAAUUGGAAAAAACCCAAAGUGCCAAAAGCAGACCUCAAAGCUGAUAUUAACACGCCAGACGCGGACCUCUCACUUCCCAAAGUUGAGGGAGAUUUACAAGGUCCAAACCUUGACAUAGAUCUACCAAACCCCGAUCUCGAUGCUAAAGUCAAUGGUCCCAAAAUAAAAUUCCCAACUCUGAAAAAACCAAAGCUGAAGGUUUCCGGUCCUGACAUGAAAACUCCAGAUCUUGACGUGGAUUUGCCCAAUGCGUCAGUGAAUGGGCCGAAUCUUAACGUAGAGUUACCAGAAGCCGACUUAGACCUCAAAGCUCCAAAAGUAGAAGCAGACAUAGAGGGACCUGAUGUUAAAACAAAAUGGUGGAAGAAAAUUGGAACUUGGAAGAGAAAAGAUAUUGACGCAGAUGCAGAUCUGAAGUUACCAAACAUCGAUGGUGAUGUUAAAAUCGACGCACCAGACGUUAACGCUGACUUGAAAGCUCCAAGCAUCGACAUAGAUGGCCCAAAUGUAGAUGUAGACACACCAAAGGCAGGUUUAAAAUUCCCAAAACUGAAACUACCAAAGCCUAAAGCUAAAGUGAAGGGUCCUGAAAUCGAUGGAGAUCUUGGUGCAAACAUUAAUGGCCCAAAUUUGGAGGUGAAUGCGCCAGAUUUGAACCUAGAUGCUCCGACAGUGAAAGGGAAAUUAGGUACGCCAGAUCUAGAUGUUAAGCAACCAAAAUUUAAGCUGCCGAAAUUCGGGCUGACUGGUCCGAGGGUGAAAGCUGACUCUGAUAUUAAAGCUCCAGAUGCUAAUUUGAAAGUCCCAAAAAUUGAGGGAGAAUUACACGCACCGAAUGUGAACCUAGAUGGUCAAAUUGAUGGGCCAGAUUUGGAACUAAACUCACCAAAUCUGGACCUGAAUGGGCCCAAAGUUGGCGCAGAUCUGAACGGACCAAAAAUAGAUUCUCCAGAUAUUGGUGGGAAAAUCAAGAUUCCAAAAAUUAAAUGGCCAAAAGUGGUCCACAAAACGCCAAGUUUAGAGGCGGAUGCUAGUUUGCCCAAAGCGGAUUUGUCAGGUCCAGAUUUGAACAUAAAUGCUUCCGGAUUGAACGCUUCAGAUCUGAGUUUAGACACGCCAAAAGUAGAUGUUAAAACUCCAGAUGUUGAUGUUGAUGCUCCUUCUGGAAAAUUGAAACUGCCAAAGAUAAAAUGGCCGAAAGCAAAAUCUAUUGACGCAGAUCUGGAAGGGCCAGAUUUGAAUGUUAAGACUCCUGAUCUUAAACUAGAAGGAGAUCUAAAUGCACCAGAUGUUAGUUUAGACGCACCAAAAGUAGAUGUUAAAACACCAGAUGUGAAUGUUGACUCUCCCUCUGGAAAGAUCAGACUCCCAAAACUAAAAUGGCCAAAAGCUAAACCUUCGAUUGAUGCAGAUCUGGAUGUCAGUACUCCAGAUAUUGAUGUAAAAACGCCAGAUUUGAACCUUGAAGCGCCCAAAAUCAAAGGAGAACUCAAUACUCCUGAGGUAGAUGCAGAUGUUGAUGCUCCUAAAUUCAAAUUACCAAAAAUAAAAUGGCCGAAAGCAAAAACUAACAUUGAUGCAGAUCUGGAAAGUCCUGAUUUGAGCCUCAAGCCCCCUGAUCUUAAACUAGAUGCACCAGAAAUUGAUGGUAAAAUUUCAGCACCAGAUUUGCAUUUAUCUGGACCAAAAGUUGACUUAGAAUCACCAGAUUUAAGUGUAGACACUCCUAAUGCCGACUUCAAACCACCAGCAGGGGGCAUCAAACUUCCUGCAUUCAAAUUACCAAAACUUAACUUUGGAAAACCCAAAGUUGAUGGAGAUUUGAACGUUGAUGCGCCUGAUUUGGAUAUAAAUUCACCAAAAGCCAAUAUCAAUCUUCCAAAUUUGUCCGGUCCAAAUCUUGAUGCGGAUUUGGAUGCUGGAAUUUCGGCACCAGAAUUGAAUUUAUCUGGACCAAAAGUUGACUUAGAAUCACCAGAUUUAAGUGUAGACACUCCUAAUGCCGACUUCAAACCACCAGCAGGGGGCAUCAAACUUCCUGGAUUCAAAUUACCAAAACUUAACUUCGGAAAACCCAAAGUUGACGGAGAUUUGAACGUUGAUGCGCCUGAUUUGGAUAUAAAUUCACCAAAAGCGAAUAUCAAUCUUCCAAAUUUGUCCGGUCCAAAUAUUGAUGCGGAUUUGGAUGCUGGAAUUUCGGCACCAAAAUUCGAAGCAAGUCUGCCAUCUUUGAAAAACCCUGAUCUUGAUUUGAGUUUACCCAAAGCACAAGUGAACACUCCAAGUCUUACUCUUCCAAAUACAAGCAUAGAUGCACCAAACGUUGAUCUGAACGCUCCCAACAUCGACGCAAACCUGUCUACUCCAAAACUAAAGGGUAACCUAAAAUCACCUGAUCUUUCAGCAGACCUGAAGGCCGACAUGUCUGCUCCAAACGUCAACGUAAAUGCCCCAAAUGUUGACACAACUCUUGGAGACUUCAAAGUUCCUCACUUCAAAAUGCCCUCACUUAAUUUGUCCGGUUCAGAUGUUGAGACUCCAAGUGUUGAUACGUCACUAAAAGCCGGCUUAGACGCUCCUAAAGUGGACAUGAGUCUGCCCUCUGCUGGUGCAAGUGUGUCUGCUCCUUCUGUAGAUAUUGAAGCUCCUAAAUAUGAAGCUAAUCUACCAGAAAUUGAUGCUAACCUUCCUAAUGUAGAUGCUGACAAGUCAAAACUGAACUUCAAGCUGCCUAAACUGUUUGGCAGAUCUAAAAAUGCAGAUCUAGAUUUGAAUGCUGACUUACCUAAAGUAGAGGGAGAAAUACACACUCUGGAAGUUAAAACGUCUGAUAUUAAAGCUAGCGUCGAUAGUCCUUCGCUAGCUCUCCGCGCUACAGGAGGCGUAGAGGCAGAGGCAAAACAUUCGAAACUAAAAUGGCCAUUUAAGUGGGGUUUGAAAUCGAACGAAGAUGAGGGGAGCGGUACUGAGUCCGACCCAGAAUUCGCCAACACCGAAGUGGAGGUCCCUGCGUUCGUGUUUCACAAAUUACCCGCAAAUAAGAGGGACAGUUUCGGAAUCAUGGAUAGUUUGAGCGCUUCGAGCCGCGAGAUUGAAAACAAAGAUUUCAUAGUUAGCAAAGGAAUUCGUCUGCCAUACCUGAAUGCCACGGCCAAAACGGGAGAGAAAGUGGAUAUUUCGGAGCGUUUAAAGUUAGCGAGGGAGAAGUCAUCGUCGUCUGUUAGCACGUCCCCGACAGAUUCUAACAUUGAUUUGAACUUUGGCGGAGCAGGAACCAGUGCGAGUGCAAGUGCAGAGGGGGGUUUGGGAGGAUCCGUUUUGGGUCUGAUAACUCCAAGCAAUAGCACAGAGGAGGAUAAAAAGCUCUCGGUGGGGCUGACAAACAUGCUAGGGCUAAACGUUGAAUGAAAGAAGUUAUGAGAAAGAUACAGAAAUAUUAUGCUAAUGCUAAUGCUACAGAGUGAUGCAGUUUUAACAAAGUGAAUCGAGGGAGCGAGACUUUUGAGAUGUUAAAGGCGCUGUACCUGAUUUUUGCCCUCUUCAUUACAUGAAAAACAGAACUAUUUCAUUUUAAACAGUUUGCAGUGGUCCAAAGUUAUUCCUCACUUACCUUAUGCAUUCAGAGCACCCUAAUUACUCACAAUGAUGAGGUUAUAAGUGCUUUUCACAACAGAGUCUUGCUGUUAUGGUAAUGCUAAUGAUAACCAGCACAUUUCCUGAUUCUCUGACAAUAAAACCCUUUAUAAUUAGACAUUACAGAGGACUUAUUUUGACCUCAUGAGACACAUUUUACUCAAACCCAUGCCUUUCAUUACAUAAUGUGAAAAUGCAUUGACCCUAAAAGUGCCACGUGCUGGUUUGGCAGAUGGUGAAAAAAAUGAUUUGGUACAACAGAACGAUGUUUAGGAGCAUUUUUAUAAAUCUGUUUGUGUUUAUUGAGUUAAGCCUCAUAUUAUUGCUGUUAUUCACUUUGAGUAUGAAAAAGGUUAUCAUAAUUUUUAAGAUCCUAUAUUUUACUAAAUGUACUUUUUAUGAGAUUUAAACCUCUUUUAACAUCAUUUCCUCUUCCAGAAUAUACCUGGAGUUGUAUU